AUGGCAACGGAAGCUGAGCAUCGUGACCCAUGUCGUCAGUCUAUACGGCGGUUCUCCGUGAUGCAUAUUCCACAACCUGUGUAUUUAGGCGUCGAUAUCGAGAUUCCUGAAGAAGAAGAAGAAGAAGGCGACAAAUCAACUAGGAAUAAGAACACCCGCUGCAACUGCGAGAAUGGUCAAGAAGGCGUUGUAUGUAACUACGCCAUCUCUGUCCAUGACGGAUCUUACACGACUGACUAUUUCUCGGGCCAGCUAUGUUUGCACGACACUGCGAACACGAGUUACAACCACCAUCGUAGCGAAGCACUAUCCAAAUUGUGCGAUAUCAUCCAAGCAUUUUCCUUGGCCCAACAUUAUAAGAUACACAUGGUCGCUUGCUCAGCUUGGAACCGUGAGCUACAACAAUACGAUGGCGGUGAUAAACCAGAGCAGACGGCCAUGAGCUAUUCUUGGAGCAAGUUAGACGCAUUACCGGUUCAAGUGAAAACGAAUGGUCCAACUGCAGAUGAGCGUGCUAGUGCUGCUGUUCGAAAAUCUGUCAUUUGGAUGAGUCCCAACCAGCCCGGAAAUCUUCCACGCACUAUGAUUGGAUUCCGCCAUGAGGUUGAAGUGGAUUUCAAUUACUGGAUCCAUAUGGCUGGAUUAGCAGAUUAUCGUGAAACAGUGGGCAAGGAUACCUGGCGGGUAUUGGAAGAAUUGACCAAGGAAUUCAAGAAACGUGAUUUAAAAAUAUCAUUUUUUUCAUCAACGCCACAAGGUGGCGGAGUGGCCCUGAUGCGACAUGCGUUACUACGGUUUUUCAACUUGCUAGGAAUCCGGGCACACUGGUUCGUGAUGCGACCCAAGCCUGAAAUAUAUAGAAUCACCAAGCAAAAAUUCCAUAACGUGCUGCAAGGUGUGGCAAAACCAGGCGUUGAACUACAAGAGCGCGACAAGACCAUGUUUCUUGACUGGACGGAGGAGAAUGUAAACCGGUUCUGGGCCGACGACAAUGACCCUAUCAAAACUUCGGACGUGAUUGUGAUUGACGACCCUCAGGUCAGUGGCAUCAUUCCACAUAUCCGCAGACUUGUCGACAAGAACAAAAAAGAUGUGCGGGUCAUCUUCCGGUCGCAUAUUGAAAUCCGUGCGGAUCUUUUACGUGAUCAUCCUGACGGACGCGAGUCGAAAACAUGGAAUUUUUUAUGGGAUUUCAUCAAGUAUGCCGACCUAUUUAUUGCCCAUCCCGUCCAAAACUUUGUGCCUGACGAUGUCCCACGCAAAACUGUCGCCCUUAUGCCUGCAUGCACAGACCCAUUGGAUGGUUUAAACAAGUAUAUGAGUGGAUAUACUAUGGAUUACUAUGAGCGUGUAUUUAACCGUAUGUGUGUUGAUCAAGGCGCACAAGAAGUGGAUUGGGAACGUCCAUAUUUUGUACAAGUCGCGCGUUUUGACCCUUCCAAGGGUAUACCAGAUUGUUUGGAGGCCUAUUCUCGCUUAAGAGAUCGACUCGAGAAAGAAGAUUAUGAUCCCGCCUAUAUACCGCAACUUGUCAUCUGUGGCCAUGGCUCCAUUGAUGAUCCUGAAGGCGCCGUGAUCUAUGAAGAAACCCAUAAACGAGCCAGUCGCAUGACAUAUGCCAGUGAUGUCACUGUGGCACGACUUCCACCCUCAGACCAGCUGCUCAACAUGAUCCUACGCAACGCACGCGCGGCGUUGCAAUUGAGCCACCGUGAAGGAUUCGAAAUCAAAGUAACCGAAGCACACCACAAGGGUAUCCCCGUGAUCGCCUAUGACGCAGGCGGUAUUCCACUACAGAUCCAAGAUGGUGUGGAUGGAUUCCUGUUACCUGUGGGCGAUACGGCGGCCGUAGCUGAUUACAUGUAUCGGCUGUUGACGGAUAACAACCUCCAUGCAAAAGUGUCCAAAUCGGCAAGGGCGUGUAUGACUGAGGAAUACUUUACCGUCUGGAACGCAAUGAAUUGGCUGCAUCUGUUUAUCGAAAUGACCAACAACAACGACAGCAAGGGUACCUCCACCGACGCUCGAUUGACGGGUGAAGAGUGUACACGAGAUCACAACAACUCAGGGAUAGGGAAUACUAUGAAAGUGUCGGACAUGUGGCGAAAAAAGUAUAGCCAUCACGAUGAAACCAAGAAGGACUGUGAUGCGACGUAG